AUGCCUCCCACACAAGAAGGAGAAGCACGCGACGAAAAACAAAUUCCACCUCGUUCAAUUAGCGUCUAUUCGCAAACAUCAUUUUCUCGCUUUUCCAUUCCUCGAAGGGCUCAACAGGAGCAGGGACAGCUUGUUGUCCCUGCCACAGAAGGAGGAAAUGCAAACCGCCAUUUUGGUUUUCUGCCUGUCGGCCCUUCUCCUUCAAACCCGUUUGGAUCUCAAGUUGAGGUUCAAUCUGGUGGACUUCUUGUUGGUCGGCUGUCUUCCUUUUCUCCUGUAAUUGAUGUAAAUGCCCCAACCUACCCAGGGCGCCGUAUUGUGGAAGAAGUUGAGGAAAAUGAUGGGGGAAAUGUCCUUCACGCCACCAAAGCCCGGUAUCAGACCCCCAGCAUGACAGGGAGAGUAUUGGAAACACCAUUGCUCGCUGAGAGCUGCUCUGACUAUGAUCCCCCAACGCAACACGCUCCCAUUGGCACCCGGCGACAGAACCAAUUUCAGAGAAACCAUUUGGAACACUCUCAGAAGACACCGUCUCCUCUCAACCUUCGAGCGCCAGAUACUCCUUUUCAAGAGCACUCUAUCAACAAGCUUGCGGGCGGAUACCCGUAUGCUGACGGCCACGAAAGGGGUCCACCAAUUUCAGGCGGCCAAUUUCUUCGCCAGGAUCAACAAAGGUUGACGAACACCAGCUUAAAGUCUAACCCAUGGACAUAUAAUUCAUGGUUCGGGCCUCAAGCUAACCAGGGGGGCCCUGAGGCUGGAAGCACCUCCAAUACUGGUACAAUCAGCCGCACCUUUGGUCAAGAUAUGACACAGCCGAACUGUCCUCCGGCCGACAAACUGUACUCGCGGCCGCUUCCAAAUGAUAAUACUGAUACUUCUCCGGACUUGAGAAGCUCUUCCUUAGGAUAUGGUCUAACGGCCGAGAAAUCCAAAAACGAAGAAACCAAGAAUGCCUUUUUCUCUGCAACUUCGCCACACCUGUGGUUUGAUUCAGGCAAUAGAAUCCCAGCGGAUCCCUGGGGUGUCAGCAAUUGGGCUUCACGCAAGAAUUCGUCGAAUCGAAAUUCCUGGUCGGAAAUUCGAUCAAUUUGGGACUCGACCGGUCUGCCGUCCUCGCAGACAAGUAAAAUUACUACCCCGGGGCCUCCUGGAAGCCAGCAGGCAGCCAAUGCAUUUGUGGAGCAGCAUCAGCCAUGUCAUGAAGCCAAGUCCCAUACAUUGUGUGGCGAUGCCUGCAAUGAUUUCGAUCUCGCAAAACUUCAAGUCCAUGAUCCAGAGGAUGAUAGAAGCGUACGCCCGGAACCAACACGCUCCGACAUGAUCAACAAAUGGUCUCCUCGAUUUCCAAAUCAGGCGACCCUGGGUAGCAGCUAUGAAACCACUCCAACCCAAAGAGGUUUGCGACCUGACGCUGUCUCAUUCCCACCUCCCCAUCUGAUCCAUGCACAACAAAGAUUGUCCACCCCGCAAGAUUUUGGUGGAGCUAUGACCCGAUCCAUGUCUUUGGAGUCUACCGUGAAACCCGCCUCGCCUUAUGAGGGACUGAGACCUGACGAGAUGGAAUUUCUCCUGGAGCGAUUAACUGACCCUGGACAGCGUGCACUAUCCAAGGAAGUUGAAGAGAACGAAAAGAGGAAUCAUCAAGAGAGGGAAUUUCGGUCAACGCAGAGCCCAUACGGCAGAGAGAUUAGACACCGCUCACCGCCCUUAGACUUUCCUAAUGCCGGUAGAUCGCAACCUGUCCAUGGUCACCGAUAUCCAGUCUACCCACAACACGUGGAAGGCCAGCCAGGCCAGCCAAGUAACGGCUCUUACCCCAUGACUAGAGAGGCCUUGGAUCAGCAGAACUAUGAAUUGAGAAUAAUGGAGGAAAAGGCGGCCCAGAACCGACGAUUUCAUCACUGGAGGUCGUGA